AUGGUGUGGGAUGCGUUCAAGGCGUCCACCCGGGGAGUGUAUAUUGCAGCUAUUAAGGCUGCCAGGACUGAAAAGAACUCUGAGUCGGAAGCACUCCAGGCGCAUGAGAUUCGGUGUGCGAAAGCCCAUGCUGAGGCGCCCUCUACCUCCACACUUGUGGAGUUGCAGAUGGCUAGAAGAGCUUUCUUGGUCCACCUGCAAUCCCUUACACAAUGCACGUUUAGGCGUAGGGCAGAGGAUCUGUUUGAAAGAGGAGACAAGAAUGGGAAACUGCUUGCCUACUUGGCAGCAGAUGUCAGAUCACAUGUGUCCGUUCCAUGUAUUUACACGACUGGGGGCACUCUGGUACGGGACAGGGAAGGUAUUCUACAAGCGUUUGUGUCCUACUACUCUGACCUCUAUGCGGCUAUCCCACAAUAUGACAACCAGGUUCUGACGGACCUGCUGGAUUCCAUUCAGAUCCCGGUGUUGCCUGGGGAGGCGGUCGAGCUUUUGGAGGCUCCUUUCUCUCCUAAAGAGCUGGCUGUGGCUAUUGCCUCCUUCCCAAAUGGCAAGGCGCCGGGCCCUGACGGUAUCCCGGCGGAGUGGUAUAAGACCUAUUCAGAGGUGGUGUCCCACAGACUACUGAACCUUUAUGGGGAGUGUUUGGAGGUAGGGAGUAUGCCCCCCUCUUGGUACGAGGCUCAUGUGGUCCUGCUCCCCAAGCCUGAGAAAGACCUCCUUUACUGUUCGUCCUAUAGGCCCAUUGCGCUGCUGAACAUGGACCUCAAGAUAUUGACCAAGAUGGUGGCCAAUAGGUUGAUGUCCUGCUUAGACCAUUUGAUAUCUCCUGACCAGACGGGGUUCAUGCCCAAAAAGGCUACUGACAUUAACAUUCGCAGGCUAGACCGGAAACGGAAACACGAGGUUGCCGAAAUGGAUUCCAAUAAGAUUCUGAAUGGAAAGUUUACUUUUAAAAAGUUGCCAAAUGGUUCCAUUGACAAGACCAAAGUGAUCUGUGGGUUUUGUGGUUGUGAACUGAGCUAUCAUCGCAGCACGUCCAGUCUGAAAUACCACUUGAUGGCCAAGCACACAGCUGAUGGGAAUUCUCCGCUCCCUGGUCAAAGCCAGGCGACAAUGGAUGUUUUCAGACAGAAGCACAUGGAUACCACAACUAAGAACAAACUUACUGCAGCCAUAGCUAAAUGGGUGGCUACUGCAUGUAGGCCUGUUAAUGUUGUGGAGGACGAGGGUCUAGCUGAUAUCAUUUGCAUCGCAUCAAACGACUGGACCUACGAAUUGCCUUCGAGAGCCACCAUUACAAGCAACGUACAGAAAUUGUACGAAACGGAGAAAGCCAAGGUACAGCAGGCGUUGGACAAUACAAAAGCAGUCGCGCUCACUGGUGAUUACUGGACGUCCGUAAGUAAUCACAACUACCUCGGGGUCACAGCGCAUUACUUUGAUCCACAGUGGAAACUUCAAUCUCAUGCUUUGACUGUUCUAAAGACAGAAGAGAGGCACUUCGCUGAUGCUGUUGCAGAGCACUUUAUGCAAGUAGCUAGAGAGUGGGACAUUGAACAAAAAGUUGUCUCACUGACCACGGAUAGUGCACGCAACAUGAUUGCAGCGGCCAGGCAGCUCCCCUUUGUGCACGUGCCGUGCAUCGCACACAGUGUGCACCGAGCCGUCACGGUUUCUCUAACCAACAGCCCGUUUGACAGCGCAUUGGCAAAAUGCAGAAAGGUCGUGGGACAUUUUAAGCACAGCCCUGCAAACCAAGCGGAGCUCGAGCAACAACAAGUCACACAUAAUAAGAAGAAAGAGUCACUCGCACAGGAAGUGUCAACCAGAUGGAAUAGUACCCUGGAAAUGAUCAAGCGUGUUCAGCGGAAUGCUGAACCACUGAAAGAUGCACUGGCCCUGCACACAACCAACAUCGCCAUGCCAACAGUUACUGAGCUGGAGAAACUGAAGAAGCUCGAGGCUGUGCUGGAGCACUGCAGGUAUGUUUCUGAACUCCUGGGAGGAGAGAAGUUUGUGUCUUGCUCAGUGGUGCUGCCAGCGUUGUGUCAUCUGUCACGAGUGAUGGAGGUUACUGAGGAUGAUCCAGCUUACACGAUCAAGUUCAAGGGAACCUUCGCAGCAGACAUGGAGGGUCGCAAGGAGAAGACCAACAUCACGUGGCUGAGAGUUGCGACAGCACUUGACCCAAGGUUUAAGGAUCUCAAGUGUCUGAGCAAACCUGACAGGGCUGAGGUGUGGGGUACGUUCCGCGCCUUGCUCCAGGAGAUGGUAAGGGAGAGGCCUGCACAGCCGGAUAACAAAGUCACGCCUGAGCCUCCUACGAAGAAACCAACACUUAUGCUUACAAACGAGUCUUCGUCUGAUGAAGAGGAGGACAGUAUUGACCAAUGUCUGAGGCGCUACAAGUCAGAGCCUCUUACUGGCAUGGAUGACUGUCCCCAGGAAUGGUGGUCCACACAUGAAGGGGCACACAGUGAAAUGGCCCGCCUUGCACGCAAGUACUUAGCAACACCAGCCACAUCAGUACCUUCUGAAAGGUUGUUUUCACUGUCUGGGCAUGUUGUACAAAAGAAGCGAGCUUCCCUGUUGUCUGAAAAUGUCAACAGGCUUGUGUGUUUGAGUAACUGGCUCAAAGCAAAGAAGUAGUAUGCUUACAUUUUAUU